AUGAAUGCGACCGACCCCGGCGCUCAGAGCGUACAUGGCGUGAACCCGCAGACGCUCAUCGAGAAGAUCAUGCGGAACCGCAUCUACGCGAGUGUCUACUGGAAAGAGCAGUGCUUUGGUCUCACGGCGGAGACGCUCGUGGACAAAGCUGUGGAGCUGUCGGAAUUUGGCGGCACUUUUGGUGGCAAUCAACAACCGACCCAUUUUUUGUGUCUCUUGCUCAAAAUGCUCCAACUGCAGCCGGAAAUUGAGGUCGUGCAGCAAUUUAUCGAGAACGAGGACUAUAAAUAUGUGACCGUCUUAGGCGCCGUGUACCUGCGACUGGUGGGCAAACCUAUUGACGUGUACAGGGCCCUGGAGCCGCUGCUGAGUGACUACCGCAAGAUCCGGAGACGCACUGUCAUGGGUUGGGAGAUAACGCACGUGGACGAGGUGGCCGAUGCUCUGCUGACGGAAGAGUAUUACGUGGACUUGGCCCUGCCUCGACUCGUGGACCGGGAGCUGCUCGAGAAGAACGAGGGACUGGCGCCACGGAAAAGCCCACUGGAGGACGAGUUGGACGCAUCCAGCAGUAGUAGUGACAGCAGUGACAGCAGUGGAGAAGACGAGGCAGUGCAGGCGACCGUCGUGUCGGCAUGA